ACAAGGAUAUAAGGGUUCAUAGCAUUAGCGUCGCGAGGUCAUUUUUCCGUUAGUUCUGCGCGUGCGCAGUUCUGUGUGUGAAGCGACAACAUGCGGUCGCAUAUUUUGAGAAUCGCGGUGUUCGCCAUUUCACUUACAGGUUAUUCGUACGGACAAAAUCCGCCAACAUUGUUGACCGUUGAUGAAGGUGCAAGUUUUCGUACUGCUGUACUGACGUUUACUAGUGAGGUAGAAAGAUGUUAUCUGGAAACUCCGAGCGGCUUAAAAGUUGAAUUUAAACCAAAUGACGAAUCAAAUGAUAAAUUUCAAUUAUUAGAAGACACAGACGCAACUCGAUGUCGAGUUAAUGUGAACAACAUCGACGUGAAUGAUAACGGCUUGUGGACUCUUUAUUCAGAAUUGUCUUCUGAAACUAUUCGGUCACAGUCGUACAAUGUAACUGUGAAUCCAACAUCAGACAAUACUGCAGAUGAUGAUGAUGAUGAUGAUGUUGAUAGCGAUACUGCAGAUAUAGAAGAUUUUGAAAACCAGUACUUUGAUACUAAAAUAGGGGCCAGUCACACAGUUUUCAUUAAUGACUAUGCCUUUGUAACCAGUGAGAGAUGUAUCAUAAUAACACCUUCGGGUACACAGUACAACCUCCAAGAAUUGAAUAUAGAUGGCAUUGAAGCUAUCAAUCACCCAGACGCUACAUGUGCUAUAAGAAUUUCCGUCAAUUCCGAAGAUAUGGUUGGAAAUUGGUCGCUGUUAGCUGAAGGUUCAAGACUCUCUCAGAAUAUUAUAAGAAGAUUACCAUUUACAAUCCAUGUCGAAGAAUUCGUUGAUGCCUCUGUAAGUGAAGUUAUUGUAGUUGAAGGCAAUGAUUUCUACGCUCGAUUGAAGAAUUCUAUAGCUAUUUAUGAUACUUGCAGACUUCUGGGACCUGAUGGAAAUGAAUAUAAUGAAUUUGAAAAAGAUAGUCGAUUCGUUGAAAACUGUGGUUACAUUGUUAGAAACCUUAAAAAAACUGAUAGUGGAAAAUGGAAUAUUGUUUAUGGAAAUAAAAUCAUUUAUAGGGCUCCCAUUAUUGUGACAGUGAAUGUUGCUACAACUGGAGGAGCAACAAAUCUUGUAUGGAACAAAGACCGACCAGUUUCAGUAGAUCUCGGAGCUGAAGACGCAGUUUACUGCAAAUUAACCGGCCCAGAUGGCUCAAUAUUUUAUGAUGGAUUCGGUAGAUGUAGGGUCGCUAUAGACAGAGUAACGAUGGCGCAUAGUGGGGUUUGGCGGAUGAACAUUGGUUUACCUGGUCGAGUUCUCACUACAAACUCAGAGUUCAUUAUUACAGUUGUCGAAACUGAUCCUAAGCCGUUGGUAACGACGCAAGUAAUAGCGAAUAAGCCUACCGUCUCAUUGACUUGCAACGUAACAAGUACAUACCCAAUCCGCUCGUGUAAAUUCCGUGAUCCAUCUGGUCGCGUGCUGUUAGCCAACGAAGGUGUUGGGGAGAGUAGAUAUACCUUCCAUGGAUCUGGUAUCAGCUACGAAUCUAACCUCCACACACAUGAUUGCGGUAUCCUAAUCACAGGUCCCCUAAUCCGAGAUUUGGGUCUUUGGCGGUGCGCUGUAGAAACUGAAGGGGAUACCUAUUACGGAUUUUUAGGUGUCUUUUGUCCCUGGGCUAUGAGAGACCCUGAAGUAGUAGCUGCAAUUGUUACCGAGCCAACUCUUACAGCAGACAGAAGUGAGGUUAGCAGUGUGGUAGGUGAUAGCGUCACCAUGACAUGCUCAGUACAAUCCGCCAUUCGCUACUGUUACUUCCGAGCUCGAAACGGCACCGUGUUUAAUGUCGGACCUUCCGACUCGCAUGACCAAGCUACAUAUGUUGGAGCUGGGUUCGAUGCUGGAGAGUGUGGCAUCAGGUUCCCGAGCCUCUCCGUCUCUGACACCGGUAGCUGGAGCUGCCACGUUGGUCUCACAGAUGUUCAAAAAGCAGAACAACGCGCCCGAAUUGACGUUCAUGUCCAAGACUCAAUGGUGGCUGACCAGCGCUUGGAGAAAAAUAAUUUGAUCGUGGAAGCCCGAAUCUACAACCAGAGAACACUUGAUUACUGUCGAUUUGUGCGUAUUGACGGCUUAGGUUUCACGACAGAUACUAUCCCAGAAAGAUACACCGACUUAUCCAACCUUUCGGAGGGCAAAUGUGGUAUAAUGGUAAAGACACCUACAAUUCUAGAAAACCAUCCUUGGACUGUAGUUGCAAGGAUCCAGGGACAGGAUGUUGAAUUAUCCAGAGUAACUACCAUUACUCUUGCUAUUCCGAAUCCCCCCCCAGAAGGUGGUGUUAUCUAUUACCAUUUACCUGUCGCAUGGAUCAUAGUUAUUUCAGUUGGUUUAGUCAUGAUAGUUAUGGCAUCAUUCCUUGGACCAAAAAACAACAGACGUUGGACAUAUGCAAGAGCAAGUUCCAUCAGAAACAGUUUCAUCAGGAAGUCGGUUGAACAGCAAAACAACCAACCAACUAAGAUCACCGCCACAGCUGCUUAGUAUCAAAUUAAUAUGAUUUCACUAAAUAAAAUUUAAACUUCAUUUAA